AUGGAUGGAAAUCAAAAAGGAGAUAAGGGUCUCGCCCAGGUGGCUCCCGCAAGUGCAAGGAAGCUCAGUGGGGUUUCAUACGAGGGCCCUGCGUACUGUGCCAUUUUCCAACCAGUACAGUACGACCAUUUCAAAUCUCCCCGCGAAGCUUUCGGGAAGAGGGGUAGUCUUGCAUUCAGAAAGAAAGAAGCCCAUACUUCUGCUUUUCCUGAUCCUUUUAGUGCUAGAACUUGGAACCUGGUUGUAAAGCUCAUUCCCGGUCUUGCAACUUGGUCAUUUGAUCGAUUUCCUUGCAAAUUCCUAAGCAUGAGAGGAAGGAACUGCUUCUCUGAGCCCCCACUUUUGGGGGGAGGUAGACGCUAUGCCAGAUAG